UCCCCUUAUCUUUUUAUUUUUAUUAUUUUUUAUUAUAGAGUCCAGAUCUUUAUCUCUCUGGAAAAACACCUAUUAAGCUAAGAUGUCUGAUGAUCAGAGAUCCUCACUUUCUGGCAACGGCCAAACUGUGUGUGUUACUGGGGCCGGAGGCUACAUCGCUUCUUGGAUUGUCAAGCUCCUUCUGGAGAGAGGCUAUCAUGUGAGAGGAACUUCGAGAAACCUAGAUGACCCAAAGAAUGCUCAUUUGAGAGAGCUGGAAGGAGCCAGAGAGAGGCUGAGCUUGAGAAAAGUCGAUCUUCUCAAUUUAGAGAGCCUUAAAGAUGCCAUUGCCGGCUGCGAUGGCAUUUUCCACACAGCAUCCCCUAUAACUAAUGAUCCGGAAGAAAUGGUGUCGCCAGCUGUGAAUGGAACAAAGAAUGUGAUCGUUGCCGCUUCUGAAGCUAAGGUUAAACGCGUGGUCUUCACAUCUUCAAUCGGUGCCGUCUACAUGAACCCCACCAGAGGUCCCGAUGUGGUUGUCGAUGAGUCCUGUUGGAGCGACCUGGAGUUUUGCAAGAACACCAAGAACUGGUACUGCUAUGGGAAAACUGUGGCAGAGCUAGCAGCUUGGGAUGAAGCCAAAGAGAGAGGGGUGGACUUGGUUGUGGUGAACCCAGUUUAUGUGCUUGGACCACUGCUCCAACCCACCAUCAACAUUAGCACUGUCCACAUCCUCCAGUACUUGACUGGCUCGGCCAAGACUUAUGCCAAUGCAAUUCAGGCCUAUGUGCAUGUUAAGGAUGUGGCGUUAGCACACAUACUAGUGUAUGAAACUCCCUCUGCCUCCGGUCGUUAUCUUUGCGGCGAGAGCGUCCUUCACCGUGGAGAUGUGGUUGAAAUCCUUGCCAAGUACUUCCCUGAAUACCCAAUACCCACCAAGGUUAAAGAAGAUGGGAAACCUAGAGCAAAACCAUACAAGUUCUCAAACCAGAAGCUUAAAGACUUGGGUUUGCAGUUCACCCCAGUGAAGCAGAGCCUAUAUGACACUGUCAAGAGCUUGCAGGACAAGGGGCACCUUAAAUUUCCUACAAAACAAAAACACUCCGCCAAAUUAUGAAUAUUAGGAAAGGAUAAAGAAAG